GGAUCGUCGCGUCAUUCUUCCGGGGAGGAGGGGGAAGACUGGGGAAGAGUGGGCCACAGGUGAGGGACAGUUUGGUGGGGUCGGCAUCAGUCAUCAGUCAGCGCUGUACCGACGCUCCCCGUCGAGCAGACUUGCCUCUCUAACGGACGAGAGAAGAGAGGGGGCGAGGGCGGGAGUCCUAUUCUGCUUGCGCGUUCGGCAGCUUUUCCUUGCCACCUUGUUUCCUCAAGCAACUCAAGGCGAGAGGCGCACGGACAUGAGAUCAUCCUGAGCGCGGAAGGCGGGUGGGGGGGGGAAUGGGUGCAUUACCUGGGGAAUUGCAGCUUUUGAUUGCGCAGUGCCGUUGGUGGAUGUAGUUGUAGAGGGGCCUAUCAUGCACGCUAAGUCCAUCUGCUUGCUAACGUAGCGGGAGCGCGGAUCCGUGCGUAAACGAUGAUGGUCCUGGCUUCCAAUCACGGUUUGUGAAUCGGAAACACAGAUCGGCGGGUGGGAAACGAGAGGCAAAAAUGUUUUGGAGGUCCCGAGAUCGAGAGCCGGCCGUCCCGGCACCUGUGGCGGACCCCAAGGUUGCAUUCAUCUCUAGGUCUAUUGAGCGACUUUUGAAAGAUGCAUCGGGGCGCAAGUACUCGCGUCUACAGCAAGCGUGCAAGGCCUAUAUCGAUCGGCAAAAGGUUCUUCUAGCAGCUGCAGCGUCAACACCGUCAGCAGUAGAGGUGGCCACAGAGGUGUCCAGCGAAACAACCGAGGAGAUAGAAGCAAAGACUCCGCAGGCAGCGUCGAUAGAUGGGGAGAAUGGAAAACUCGAGACAUCACCAGUGUCAGAACAAGCACCUUCUUUGGAGGAGGGAAAAACGACAUCUGAAAGCGCUGCUCCAAGUCCGAGGUCUGUUGAGGAUGGCGUCCCCAAAUCUCCCAAACAAGGCAAGGGAGAUGCGGCAGCUGCUGGGGCAUUGCAACAAGGGAAUUCUUUGGAUGAUGAGGAGGUGGAGCUGGCAACCGCACCUCUACGCUUGGCAUUUGAGACCAAGAAUGCGAAGCUAGUGGAGACUGCACUUGACUGUAUGCAUAAAUUGAUCGCUUAUGGACAUCUUGAAGGGGAGGCAGGUGUGGAAGGUGGUGUGAAUGGGAUGCGUCUGACACAGUUGGUCAACAUGGUUUGCUCAUGUGCAGAGUCAUCGUCUGCAAGUGACAGUGUUGUUUUACAGGUCAUCAAGGUAUUGCUUACGGCUGUCACAUCCAACUCCUUCCAAGUUCAUGGCGAGUGCCUGUUGGCGUCAAUCAGGACGUGCUAUAAUAUUGUGCUGAGCAGCAAGAAUGCAGUUAAUCAAGCAACUGCUAAGGCAACCCUGUCACAGAUGAUUAAUGUCGUCUUUAAGCGCAUGGAAACAGGAUCACCUGGCAUGGGCGGUGGCGCUUUGGGUGCGACUUAUGCUGGGAAACACACCCGAUCAGCAACUGUGCCAGAGCUUCAGUUGGAUAGCUCUGGGCAUCAUCUGCCUGCAAGGUCAGUCUCUGGCAGAGGAAUUGACGCGGCCCUGGAAAAGAUGGAUUUGACCAGUAGAACUUCAGACCAGGGCCAUUCGCCAAAGUCUGUUGCUUCUUCGGUGGGAUCAGGAUCUCCACUACAUGCAGAUAAUGCAUCGGGAAUGCCUGUUGUCACCCUGGAAGAGAUCCAGACUAUGGCUGGAGAUGCUGAUAUCAAGGGGCUUGAGGCUGCGUUAGACAAGGCCGCACAUCCGGAGGGCAAGAAGCAUCCCGAGGGCAUUGAUCUAAACAGCUUGAAUCUUGUUGAGAGGGAUGCACUCUUGCUGUUCCGCACUCUGUGUAAGAUGUCCAACAAGGAGGGUACAGAUGAUCUCAUGCUUCGGACCAAGCUCCUAUCGUUAGAGUUUUUGCAGGGAGUGUUGGAGAACGUUGGGCCGUCGUUUACCCGGAACUUUGCAUUCAUAGACAGUGUGAAACACCAUCUAUCAGCGUCACUUAUCAGAGCUUGUCUGUCUCCUGUACCCGCUAUUUUUCAGUUUGCAGCAAACAUUUUUUCUGUGCUGCUUCUUCGCUUCAGGGCGAGUCUUAAGGCAGAAAUCGGUGUUUUCUUCCCGUUGCUUGUUCUCCGAUAUGUCGACAGCAAUGAUGCUUCUGCUCUACAGCGGACUGUAGUUCUCAGGAUGUUGGAUACAAUCGCUAUGAACUCGCAGGCUUUGGCAGAUGUCUUCGUCAAUUACGAUUGUGAUUUAGAUGCCACCAACUUGUUUGAGAAAAUGGUUAAUUCACUUUCUCGGCUGGCGCAAACAAGGAUAAGUGUAGAUCCUGAAUCACCUGUAGCUGUGCAGAUCCAAGCACUGAAAGGGAGUGCAUUGCAGUGUCUGGUUACAACAAUGAAAUCCUUGGCACAGUGGGCGAAGAAGGGAGAGGAUAGCAGCAAAGGGGAAGCAUCCUCACAGAAUCCGGACAAUGCAAUCAUAUCCCCAGUUAUGGCAAAUGGGCAUGCAUCGGACCUAGGGUCCAGGAAUAGCAGUAUUGACUGGAGCGAGAAGGAUGGGGACAUUACCAAAAUAUCUGAAUCAGAAGGGGAGACUCAGGCUGACAGGUUUGGGAAAGCAAAGGCGCACAAGUCAAGCUUGGAGGCGGGUGUGAGUGAGUUCAAUUUGAAACCGUUGAAGGGGAUUCGGCAUCUUGUCAAUAAUAAAAUCAUACCCAAUGAGCCAGCUGCAAUAGCCCGCUUUUUGCGGAAUACGCCAGGGUUGGACAAGACUGCAGUUGGGGACUACCUGGGUCAACAUGAUGACUUCAGCAUUGCUGUGAUGCAUGCCUACGUCGAUUUGAUGAAUUUCUCAGGAAUGCGUUUUGACAUGGCCAUCCGGGAAUUUCUGGCAGGCUUUCGGCUUCCUGGCGAGGCUCAAAAGGUGGACAGGAUGAUGGAGAAAUUUGCUGAGAGGUAUUGUCGAGAUAAUCCAUCCCUGUUUCAGAGCGCUGACACCGCUUAUGCCUUGGGUUAUGCUGUAAUUAUGCUCAACACAGAUCUUCACAAUCCUUUGGUAUGGCCGAAGAUGACAAAGGCUGAGUUUGUGCGGAUGUUCACGGCCACGGGUUCUGGGCAGGAGGAGGUUGAGGCCCCGCCUGUGGAGAUGCUGGAGGAACUCUAUGAUGUGAUACUUGCUGACGAGUUGAAAAUGAGGGAUGAUGCUUCGCCUGGUAGCGUCAAGAGUCGGGCGAAAGAUGAGGAAAAGAGCCGAAUUGUCAGCGUACUGAAUCUAACUUUGCCAAGAAGAGCAAGUGUGGCAGAUGCGAAAAAGGAGAGCGAAGAGAUUGUGAGGCGGACGCAAGCUCUGUUUCGAAAAGGGAACGCAAAACGGGGAGUGUUCUACACAGCAUCCCAGCCGGAGCUUGCACGUGCAAUGGUGGAAUCCGUGGGUUGGCCGCUCCUUGCUGCUUUCAGUGUGACCAUGGAGGACAGUGAGGCGCAGUCGCGAGUUGCCCUUUGCAUGGAAGGGGUACGAUUGGGAAUUCACUUGACAAAGGUCCUGGGAAUGGAGACCAUGCGAUAUGCAUUUCUGACGUCCCUGAUUAGGUUCACUUUUCUCCAUGCACCUAAGGAGAUGCGGACGAAGAAUGUUGAAGCCUUGCGAAGUCUACUUUCCAUGGCCGGUGCUGAGCCGGAUGCCUUACAAGACGCAUGGAAUGCAGUACUAGAGUGUGUAUCAAGACUCGAGCAUAUCACCAGCAGCCCAUCAAUGACAGGGGCAUUGAUGGUGACUGCUCCUCAAGUUGUUAGGGAAGGUCUUAUUGGAACCCUCAAGGAAUUGGCUGGAGAGCCCUCCGAAAGGAUAUUUGUGAGUAGUGUGAAACUUCCAAGUGAUUCUAUUGUGGAGUUCUUCAAUGCCCUUUGUGGGGUAUCUGCUGAGGAAUUAAAAAUGAAUCCUCCAAGAGUGUACAGUCUUCAGAAAUUGGUGGAGAUCAGCUACUAUAAUAUGUCUCGUAUUCGUUUGGUUUGGGCUCGCAUUUGGGCAGUUUUAUCCUCACAUUUUGUCACAGCAGGUGGACACCCCGAUCUGAAGAUUUCCAUGUAUGCUAUCGAUUCUCUUCGUCAGCUUGCUAUCAAGUAUUUGGAGCGUGCAGAGCUGGCAAACUUCACUUUUCAGAAUGACAUCAUGAAGCCUUUUGUUGUGAUUAUGCGGACAAAUAAGACAGGGGAGAUCAGGGAGUUGAUAGUCCAGUGUAUUGUUCAGAUGAUUGAUUGCAGAGUUGGAAGCAUCAAGUCAGGAUGGCGUAGUGUAUUCAUGGUUUUCACAACUGCAGCAUCAGAUUCUGUAAAAUCUAUUGUGGAUGGGGCUUUUGACAGUGCAGAACAAGUUGUACUUGAACACUUUGAUCAGGUUUCAGGUGACUGUUUCAUGGACUGUGUGAAUUGCUUGAUCUCAUUCGCAAACAACAAAAUGAGUGCCGGAAUAAGUUUGAAGGCGGUUGCACUGCUGAGGAUUUGUGCAGACAGGCUUGCAGAGGGUUUGGUUACAAGGCCCAGUGAAGAAGGACCGAAGAAAGACGACCAUGAAGUUGUUGAAUAUUACUGGUUCCCCAUGCUUGCAGGACUGUCAGACUUAACAUCCGACCCAAGAGCAGAUGUUCGGAGAUGCGCGCUGGAGGUGCUGUUCGACAUGCUGAAGGAACGUGGCCACAGCUUUUCAAGUGCGUUUUGGGAGAGUGUCUUCCAUCGUGUGCUGUUCCCCAUGUUUGACUAUGUUCGGCAUGCUGGAACUGACAGUGGGAAGACAGUGGAGGCAGACGAGUGGCUCCGAGAAGCGUGCAUUCAUUGCCUGCAGCUUCUCUGUGACCUUUUCUGCUUGUUCUACGAGGCAGUCUCGUUCAUGCUUCCAACACUCUUGCGCCUUCUUUUGGAUUGCGCAACCCGCUCAGACCAAGGAUUGGCAGCAAUUUCAGCUGGAGCAAUGUUGAGGCUCUUGGAGACAGGUGGACAUCUGCUGAAGGACAACGAUUGGAAUCAAGUCCUGGAUACCAUUGGGAAGGCCUGCUCAGUCACAAGCCCGGUGGAGCUAUAUGAUCCCGAGAAGCUCUUCGCAUCGCCGAACGACUGCAAGGAAGCUUCGCAAGCAACUACGGAUGAGAAUGCGACGCUGAGUGAGGACAAGGAAACGGCGUCUGCUCCUAAUGCUACACCAACCAAGGACGGAGGCAAGGAGGGAUCGUCUGGGCCGUUGACAUCGAGGACGGAUGGUCGGGAUGGCUCGAAGGCAGGGAGCUGGGGUGGUGCGGAGACCUCGGCAUCUCAAGCUGAUACCAAAGGUGAUGAAAAGGCACAGGCUGGGGAGUCAAGUAGAGACGGUCCCUCGACUGUGGAUGCAGCAGAUUACGCAACCCCAAGCCAGCGAUGGGUGAUGGCCUCUUUCUUCUCAGACAAUGCCUCAGCGGCAAAACGCAUGAUGAAUAAUGUCAUGGACGCUCUGAUGCUGAAGAAUCUCAUGUUACGCCGGGCAAAGCCAUUGGAGGCUUCCUUGCUGGCACGUCCAACUGAGACGGGUGGUGAUCUGGAUGAGAGCUUCAUUCAAGAACCAGAGGUUGAUGCAAACCCAGAUAUGAGAAAUGUACGGUGCAAGUGUGUAGUGCAGCUGUUGCUUCUGGGAGUCCUCGACAAGAUUCAGUCCAAGUACUGGGAUGCGUUAUCGCCAAGAAACAAGCACCGGCUUAUGGAUCUGGUGCAGUCAAUGGCAGAGUUCGCUGCUCAGUAUAACUCUGACGAAGCCCUGCGACAGCGGAUCCAGUCUUUUAUUGGUGAUCGCCCUCCACCAUGUCUUCUGCGUCAGGAGGUCGAGGGUACGUCAGUUUAUAUUACAGUCCUCUUUAGGGCUAUUGGUGAUCUGGGGGAGACUAGGGAUUCAGAAAGUGAUUUAACGGUCAAAGUGAGGGAGGAAGCUGAUGAGGAGGAAAGAGAGGUGAAGGCAGAGGCUGAAGCUCGGCUGGUUAAGCUCUGUGAGCGCGUUCUACAGCAAGCCUGCAACGGCCAUCCCGAAAUCGGUGAUGUACCAAGACCAGAUAUGUAUCAAGCUCUCGCUUUGCGAACUCCAGUGGUUGUCAGGGUAUUGACAGCCAUGUGCACGAUGUGUGACAAACUUUUCAAAAGGCACUUGGUGCAUUUCUAUCCGCAUUUUACAAGGCUCAUCUGUUGUGACCAGAUGGAAGUUCGGCGAGCAUUGGGUGAACUGUUCCGGGCUCGACUUAUUCCUUUGCUCCCAUAGCCAAAUAAAAUAACAAGUGAAUGUGUUUUCUGCUUAUGGGAAAUCUGGAGCCCAACUGCCGUUGUUAUCGCGCCCCAUGCUCAGCCACCCAAUCUUCCGUGAUCAAGGAGCUGGCAGCAGUUAGUGUCGCACAACAGUUGUAGUUUCUUGCAGGGCUCCUGAACGAGUUUGCUAAUGCGACCACUGCAAAAUGUUUACAUGGGCCAGUUCUCACAACACAUCGACCUGCGGGUGUCAGCAUGAAACCCGCACCACUUAGGAGGCCGCCGAUUUUGUUUUUCAACGGCGCUCCUGGCCGCACGGCGCCUCCGAGUUUUGCUUGUGGCGACAAAAACUUUCUGCAAGGCUGGGGCCGUGUUCUAGCGGUUUAAGAUGUGACAGUCCCACGAUCUCGGUCUCGGCAUAGGAAAUGUUGUUUAUCCGUGUAGGGUAUACUUGUGUUGGCCACUCUUAAAAUACCAGUCCCGUUCGCAUUUAUCCGUGGACGGUAUACCUGUGUGGGCCGCUCGUAAAAGACUCCAAUUUAAGCAGAAGAGAAUUUUUCAUGUUUUUUACAGAUUUUACCUUUUGUAAUUGGAGUUGUUUGGAUGGGUGAUUAUCCUGAGGUAUGCCUAGAGUGUAUGCAUACUUCUGUCAGUAGUUUAGUACAACAUGGGAAAAUUUGCACCCUAGA